UCUCUCUCGACUACAUCGACACUCAGCUCUCUCUCUCUCUCUCUCUCGACACUCAGCUCUCUCUCUCUCUCUCUCGACUGCAUAUCCCUUACACUUAGCUCUCUCUCUCUCUCUCUCGACACUCAGCUGUCGCAAAGUCUUUUGUCAAUUGCAACUGCUGGAGGUGCCGUCGCGUUACAACACGGUUGUGAAACUUAUCCACUCCAAUUUAAAAAAACUGAUACUCUCUCUCUCUCUCUUUGAAGCCUUCAGCUUUGUUCUUUUUCAUUCUGGAUCUGAUCCGUAGCCGCUCUCUCUUUGAAGCCUUCAGCUUUGUUCUUUUUCAUUCUAGAUCUGAUUCGUAGCCGCUUAAUCUCGAGGCCCCGAUCUAUCGUUAGCUGAGGUUAGAUGUUGCUCGGGUUUUGGCAAUUAAAAACCCAAGCUUGAGCCCUUCGAUCUCUCUUCGUGAACUAAAAUCCCAUUCCUAGAUGCCAAGUUCUCUGCUAGUUUAGUUCCUGUCGAAUCUAUGCCUUCUCUUCUCUGGCAGAAAUUGCCGUGUCCUAAAUACAACCCUACUUUUGGUCAAAUGCAAAUAAGGGCACUUUUCUAUUCUCAUUGCAGAGCAUUGGUAUCCAAGAUUAUGAACUUCCUGCAACGAAGCAAUGGCUCCUGGGAGUUUUGCAGCUUGAAUCUUCUAUUGCAUAUUGACGUUGGCAGAUUAUUGACUUGGAGCCUGUUGGUUCAUCAAUGUAUUUAUAGCAGCAGAAUGGAGCAGCAAAUUGCAAAAGAAAAGCCUGCAAUUUCUUUCGAGUAUGAGCUCUUUCAAGACCCUGAUCAUCUAACAACUGUUGUAGCUACACUCACUCCAACUAGUCCCCGGAUCAAUCCUGCCUCAUUGAACUUUAAGUACCGAAUUGGACAGGGCCCCUUUGGUGAUGUAUGGUUAGCAACUCAUCACCAGUCAGCAGAUGAUUAUGAUGAAUAUCAUGAGGUAGCAGUUAAGAUGUUGCAUCCUUUGAUGGAGGAGGACAGAGAAAAGUUUCUGCACAAGUUCGAAAAGUUAUUUUUCAAGUUCCGCAGACUGUGCGGUGUUUGUUGGUUUCAUGGUAUCUCAAUCAUUGAUGGAAGGAUCUGCAUCGCUAUGAAAUUUUAUGAGGGGUCAGUUGGUGACCGAGUUGCUAGGUUGAAGGGUGGAAAACUUCAACUUUUUGAUGUUUUAAGGUAUGGGAUUGAGUUGGCAAAAGGAAUUUCAGAAUUGCAUUCACUAGGGCUUCUGGUGCUAAAUUUGAAGCCGUCCAACAUCCUUGUAGAUGAACACGGCCAGGUGGUCCUUGGAGAUUUUGGAAUCCCAUUUCUACUUCUUGGGGCUUCAUUGUCUAAUCCUAAUAUGGCUUUUAGACUUGGCACUCCGAACUACAUGGCUCCAGAACAGUGGGAACCAGAAGUGAGGGGUCCUAUAUCUUUAGAAACAGAUUCUUGGGGCUUUGGAUGUUGCUUUGUAGAGAUGUUGACUGGUAGUCAACCCUGGUUUGGGAGUUCAAUUAAAGAGAUAUAUCAUUCAGUUGUGAUCAAGCGAGAAAAGCCACCUGUUCCAAGUGGUUUGCCUCCUGCAGUGGAGAAUGUUAUCAACGGCUGCUUUGAGUAUGAUCUCCAUAAUAGGCCCUCAAUGGAAGAUAUCAUACGUGCAUUGGAAAGGUAUACCCACUACCAUUACCCACUACCAUUACCCAAUAAUGGUAGAGGUUUCAAGGUGAGAGUAUCACUAGGUCCUUAGCUAUAGAGGAACCUGGAGACCAUGGAGAAGCACACUUAGUAGCUCUGGGUGAACUAGAAUUACAGAUUCAAGAUGAGGAGACAAAUGGUUACUCGGCACAAUAUUCGUCAACUGGUUUUACUGAUAUGGGGAACACAGGUAAUGAAGCAAUAUUAUCUACCUUCAGCACGAGAACUAUCAAGAUUGGAGUACGCAAAGCUCCUGUGAUACAACAUUGUGCCGAAACAAUUUCAGGAUCAACUACUAUUAGGAGCUUUGACCAGCAUACUGGUUGUUUAUAUAUGUGCUUCCUCAUAUAUAUGCUCAACUCCUUAUCAGUUUUAGCCGGCUUUACUCCUUCGGCUUGAAUUUCUUCAAGAUAUAGAUAUUGAAGUUCAAACCAGAUGUUGUGAUUACAGAAAAGGGGCUCAGUGACCUGGCAUGCCAUUAUCUGAGCAAGGCCGGUGUUACUGCAAUUAGGAGGUUGAGAAAAACAGAUAAUAACAGAAUUGCCAAGGCUUGUGGGGCAGUUAUUGUCAACAGACCCGAUGAACUGCAAGAAUCUGAUAUUGGUACUGGGGCUGGAUUAUUUGAGGUUAAAAAAAUUGGAGAUGAGUUCUUUACAUUCAUCGUUGAUUGCAAAGAUCCCAAGGCAUGUACAGUACUCUUAAGAGGUCCGAGUAAGGAUAUGUUAAACGAAGUGGAAAGAAAUUUACAGGAUGCCAUGGCAGUAGCAAGAAAUAUCCUGAAGAAUCCAAAACUUGUUCCUGGUGGUGGUGCUGCAGAGUUAACUGUUUCUGCUACACUGAAGCAAAAGAAUCCAAAACUUGUUCCUCGUGAGAGGCCAAAUGCCAAGUCUCUUGUGACUGCCCUUGUUCUUCUUCAAAAGGAAACUUCGUUGAAGCGUAAAGAUAUUAUAUCAGCUUUUGUUUCAUGUAUAGGUAGUUAGGAAUGAUUUCUUGUUUGGUACAUUAUCUAUCUUGAAUGUAUGGAUGUUUGAAAAAUGGUGAUUGAAUGAUAUGGAUUAGAGUACUGUUUAUGUGUUAA